GACAGACCGUGGUGAAGAAACAUACCACAGAGUUCCCCAUUCCUCCUUAAUCUCAGAAGAAGGUCAAGUGGACCCGAUUCAGAAGAGUUGAAUAAAUGCUCGAUUUAGGAGAGUAUCUCUAUGGAGCAGGAUGGGCAAACUACGGCCCUGUGCAAUAUGAAGGAUCAUCAGUGCAGCACGGAGAUGAACAACUUUCUGAGGCUUUCGACCAAAGUUUAGUCAUCGGCUCAUCCUCUCUGUUUGACAUUGCGAGCAUCUUCCAACCUUCGCCAUUCUCAUUUUAUCCAGACAACAGGCACGCCUCUCAGCAUCCAGAAGGCAUUCAACCUCAUGCUUUCGACGAUCUGUUUAUUGCUAAUCACGAGAGCAAGUAUCAUCCCAAUCAGAAUACCCACCACCAGGAGCAUCAUCAUCCUACAUGCUACGUUUGUGGGGAACCUAUUCAAGUAGAUGCAUCUGGUCAUUUUCAAUAUGAGGAACAUCCUUUCUGGCAAGAAAAGUAUUGUCGACGGCAUGACACGGAUGGAACUCCUUGGUGCUUUUGCUGUGAAAGAUUAAAGGUUGGUUUCCCUCAAACCCAUACCUUAUCUAACGGUUGA